AUGGAUUACGAACGUAAUGAUCCUCGACGUCAUUAUAUCUUACGUGUUGCAUCGCAUAUUUUCGCAUUGAAUUUAUCGGAAAAUAAAAUUUCAAAUUUAAAUCCAAUACAACAUUUUUGUGACACCAAUGCGCCAUUGUUGAUUAUUGCCAAAGAUGAACGGAAGAAUACAUUAGAUAUUACCAAUGAGAUGCGAAAUGAUUAUCAUGCGGAUUUAAUACAAGUGAUGUUUUAUAAACUUGAACCAACUGCUUUGCCAAUGGAUAAUUAUAAAAGCAAAAUAUCAGUAUUAUCAUUACGUGGACGUCCAACGGAUGCAUUAAUUCGUUCAAUGAGAGAAAUAUUUAAACGAGCAAUUGAAAAUGAUUCCGAAACAUCCGUAAAUAGCCAUUUACGUACGAUUUUAAAUGAACUUGAAAUGUGCAUGGAAGCAAAAAAUGACAAAGAGAAGUUUCAUGGAAAACGUUCUAUACACGAUGAGAUUAAUUACUGGAAAGGUCGAAAGGAUGAUGCAUCAUUGCAAUAUUCCCAAGCAUUUCAAAUUCUCAAUAUGAAACUUGAAAUGCUUACGAAUUGUCGCAUAGAUGAAAUUUAUGAAGUUAUUGAUACCACUGAAGAAUGCUUAAAUCAACUUUGGAACUGUGAACCAUCAUUUCCACAAAAUCGUAUGGAACAAGUUAUGGAUAGUAUUGGUAAAUUGAUUUGA